UGACGCUAAACUUGUAAAAAGUAAGACACAAAAGGAUGCUCAAUAAGUCGUAGCAAACUGCUGCUCAAGACGCAAACUUUUCCCCUCUCUCCAUGAGAACGUGUUCACGAUGGAAAUUCACUUGAGAAGCGUCUAGGUAAAGAUAAACAACACACCUUCCCUGUUCACAGGAAACGGCAUCAAUCACAUUGCAUAGUCAGACAUCAGUAGGAUUUUUCUGCCUGUCAAAGUUGCUGAAGAUGAGGGCGUUGAUGGUUUUAUUGGCGUCUCUGGGGGUCUUUCAUUGUGCCCCUGGUACCACCCUUCCUCCGAUAUCAGCCAACACUCUCAAACGCCUGUCUCUGGAAGGGGAGAAGCUAGUGGAUCAGGAGGUCAGCAAGGCACUGUACGGAAUCAAAGAAAUGAAGGAGGUGAUGGCCAGUAAUGAAGAGAAACAUGCAAACCUCAUGAAGUCUCUCAUGCACAAUGGGGAGAAGAAAAAAGGGGCAGCAGAGAUUGCACAGAAUGUAGAAAAGAAGCUGAAUGAAGCCGAGCAGCAGUGCAAAGAAUCUCUAAAGUCCUCCUGGGAGGAAUGUCGACCUUGUCUUGAGGACACCUGUAAGAACUUCUAUACGAACACCUGCCGCCGUGGAUUCGCCACCUUCACCAAUAAGCUACAAAACUUCUUCCAAAGAACGAGCUCUCGCUUUGGCCCUCGUGAUGCUCAGGAUGAGGUAGCGUUGAACCAGAGCGCAGAGAAUCCUGACCUGGAGGUGGUGAGAAUCGAGGACUCCUUUAGCAACCUCCUCUCUAAAGUGGGAACACUGGUCAAUCGUAGUGCAGUGCUGGUCUCCCACUUUCACCAUGAGCUGGACCAGGCCCUACGCAGAGCCUUCAGCCCUGAGCUUCAGGGAGACAAAGAGAGUGAGCUGGCUCUCAAGCCUGCCAACAAAGCUCUGGAUUCUGCCUUUCUGGAGGGUGUGGGCCUGGACGAUGUGCUGGAGUCCUUCUUUGACUUUGGGAGAAAUGUGUUGGAGGAGUUUGGGGCCGUAAUCACACAAGCCUUCAGUGACAUUCAUGAUGCUGUGGAGAAGACAGCGAAGGAGGAAGAGAAGAAACUCUUCCCUCAGUUUCUGCAGAACAGGAGACUGUGCAGAGAUCUGCGCAGACAGUCCUCAGAGUGCUGGCAGCUGCAGAGCAAGUGUGAGGCCUGUCAGGGAACCUUGUUUACUGAAUGCCCAAAUGUAAGAGAGCUGCACGUCGAGUUGGAUGAGGUCUCUCAGCUGUUGGAGGCGUCAAAGCAGCAGUAUGAGGAGGUGCUGGGAAUCGCGCAACGUCAUACUAACGACACCAUCAGCUGGCUCAGCAACAUGGCCUCCGACUUUGGUUGGGUGACUGAACUCGCCAAUAACAACACCACUCCUGAGAGCAUCUUCAGCAUUGCCACGGUGGUGGCACAGACUGAGGAGAGCAGCAACACUCCAGCAGCAGUUACUACAGUGGAAGUGAAUAUUCUAAACUCCCCCACUCUCACCCUGACUGUUCCUGCGGCUCUCAGGCUGCAGGAUCCCGCCUUCAUCCAGUAUGUGGCGCAGGAGGCUCUGGGCGUGUACAAGCAGAUGGCCAGGCAUGAGGAUGUGUAAUCAAACUACAAGUCAUCAGUUUUCAUCCAAGCACUAACCAGGGUAUACU